AUGUUGUCUACUGCAUUUUCGAGCUCUAGCACUAGCAGUAGCAGAAUUAAUUAGGAAUGACAUUUUGGACGUAUUUUGGGCAGUUGAUAUUCCAAAAAGUGUCAUACUGUUUCAUUUCCGAUACCAAGUGAAUUAUCGUCAGUUUAUGAGAUUGACAUUGCGAAUUUGAAACGUGGUUUAGCGUCGUGACACAUACAUACAUGACAUAGACACAACGCGCCCAAUACAAGUAUGGAUCCACUUUCACUAAGAUUUACCCUAUGCCUUCUCAGUUAGGCACUUGGUCAGUAGGCAGCUAUCGAGAACAAGGAUCUGUACGCAUCGAUUUUGAGUAAGCAUAAUCGUCUUCUUUUGUGAUGGAGAAAUAGGUCUAUGCAUUAUAACACGCCAAUACCAGAAGCGCAGGGAAAUAGGCCUAGUGUGCCAUGCCAGCAUCUUUAUCGUGUAAACCUAUCAUAUUGCUGUAGGGGUACAUGAGUUUCAUGGAUUUUUGUCACGUCAGAGCCACUGCACUGCCUGAAAACUACUACAAGCUCACGCGGAACUGGUUCUAAGGAAUCGAUGUUCUCUGCAUGUGUUCGGAUAUACUUUCACUUGUUCGAUAAGCAACAAUCUACGACAUUAUGAGUGAGACCGAGAAUCGCACUUCAGGUCACGGGAGGACAGACGGACGGGCGAAGACGAGAGACACGCUCAAAGUUCUGCUGCCGGUCAGACCGUGCUCAAGCCACAAGACCCGCAGUCCCAUGGACACGACCGGGUUACUUGGUACUCUGAUGUACUCCUUCCUGACUGGAAUCUUCUGGAAAGCACAUCGGCAAGGGGGUAUCACACAGGACGCCCUCAGGAGGCUGAUGUCAGACAGGGAUGCAGCCGCGGUCAAUUGCGAAAGAUUCGAGAGAUUGUGGCAAGACGAGAUGGACGGACGAGGAGAGAACGACGUCUCACUGAAAAGAGUCAUCUUCAGGUUCAUUCGGACUCGUUUCCUGAUUGCUUCUGCGAUUCUGGUUGUUGGUUUGAGCAGCGGGUUCCUGUUGACUGCGUAUGUGCUCUACACCGCCAUCCUCUACCUGGAGGAGCCCGGUAACUCCAUCGGGUACAGUGUGGCAUUAGCCUUCUCCAUCUUCAUCUCCACGGCCUUGCGAGUGGUCGGGAUGAAUUUCAUGUGGUACACCAACAUGCGCACGGCAGUGCGCCUGCGCAAUGCCCUCAUGCUGACCUUGUACAAAAAGGUGUCGAGGCUUCGCAACACCUCCGAGCUGUCGGUUGGAGAGAUGGUGAAUAUCUGUGUGAACGACAUCCAGCGGCUGUUUGAUGCGGCGGUCUUCGGCCCAGUCCUGAUCGCCUUCCCACUGUUUGUGCUGCUCAUCCUAGUCGGAUGCGUGUUGGUCGUCGGAAUCGUCCCCACGUUGGUCGGAACAGCCAUGCUCAUCAUCGUCUUCGCUUUCCAGACGUGUCUGGCGAGACUAAACGUUCGCAUCCGCCAGAAGUGCGUGGUAUUCACCGACCGUCGGACGCGCCUGUUGAACGAGGUGCUGAACUGCGUCAAGUUGAUCAAGAUGUACGCUUGGGAAGAUUCCUUCCAACAAAACCUCACGGAGAUUCGUAAGCGGGAGCGAAGUCAGCUCCAACGGUCGGGCUACCUGUCGAGUUACACCUUCGGCAUGGCCCUGUCUGUCUGCCCGGCCGUCAUCCUCGCUGUUGCCAUUUGUUACAAGUUGAUGGAGAGCGAUAUCACGGCUGCCCAGGCUUUCACGUUGCUGCAGUUGUUUGGCUCCCUGACUACCAUCAUGUACAUCCUGCCGAUUGCCAUUAAACCAUUGACAGAGUCGGUGGUGUCAGUCCAAAGGAUUCAGCCAAUUUUACUCAAGAGCGAAGUCAGCCAAGAGUGGGACGCCCCCUCCGAUCCAAGCCACGCCCUCGUUUUAACAAACGCCUCCUUCAGCUGGGACGCCCCGCCCCAAAGUGCUCCCGAGCCAGCCCAUGAAAGUCCGGCAGAGAUGAACGCCAAUACCAAGUACACGUUGGUGGUCGACGACACGAUCGAAAAUGAGAAAGAAAGUGAGAAAGAAAGUGAGAAGGAAAAAGAUGGGGAUGAUAAACCUGAGGAACCGAAUGAUGUGGACACCCUACUUGACAAAGACGUUCCUGCAGCUUCCCAAGCGCCAACACUGAGGAACAUUAGUCUUGUCGUUCCAAAGUCCCAUCUGAUAGGGGUUUGUGGUGCCGUUGGUAGCGGCAAGAGUUCCCUGUUGUCCAGCGUGCUCGACCAGAUGAACCUCAUGGAUGGCACCGUGGCGUUAGACGGUACAUUCGCCUACGCGUCACAGCAGGCUUGGAUAAUGAAUGCAAGUGUCCGAGACAAUAUCCUCUUCGGUGAACCGUUCAGCCAGGAGAAAUACGAUCGGGCUAUCUUCUCCUGCUGCUUGCAGAAAGACCUUGAAAUCAUGUCGGACGGAGAUAAAACAGAGAUUGGUGAACGAGGUGUGAACGUAAGCGGUGGUCAGAAGCAGCGCAUCAGUCUGGCUCGGGCGUACUACUCAGACAGGGACAUCUAUCUCCUUGAUGACCCGCUCAGUGCCGUGGAUGCACACGUCGGCAAGCAUAUCUUCACUCACUGCAUCCGGGAUGCCCUCAGGGGUAAGACGGUGCUCUUCGUAUCACAUCAGCUUCAGUAUCUUCGUGACUGCGACUACGUGGUGCUGAUGCGAGACGGUGCAAUCUCCGAGCAAGGAACCCACGACCAACUGAUCGCCGCUAACGGCGAAUACGCCCGGCUGAUCGACACUUUCCACGGUAGGGGAGACGAGGAGGAACACGCCAGCGUGGAAGAAGGCCCGGUGUCUGUGAGUGGAGUCGACAUCGACACAGCGAGCGAGGAAGGAACGGACAUUGACGACAUGUUUGAGAAAAGUAAAGAGAAACCAGUGAAGGAUACGGAGGAAAUUGUCCGUCUAAUGGACGAGGAAGACCGAGGCAGCGGGAGAGUAGCCUUCGCUACCUACCGAGGCUUCAUCCGAUAUGCCGGCGGGCCGUGCCUGGCCUUCAUCAACGUCCUACUCAUGUUCCUGUCGAUGUUAACGAGCAUCUCCACAAGCGUGUGGCUGUCGAUCUGGUUACAAGAUAGCUUGAAAUGGAAUAAUCAAACGGUGAGCGCAGGACAGGAACCAAUUUUGGCCAACAUGUCUGCUCCAUCGGAGCCGGUCUACAAGCCGCUCUUGUACCAGUCAUCGGAAGGGGACCAGUAUGACGAUGCACCUGAUGUGUCACCUGAUGAAGACGAUCAGCUGACCUUCUUUGUGUUGGUCUAUAUUGGGAUAUUUCUCUCCUCUCUGGUCAUACUCGGUAUCACGUGCGUUGUGUUCAUUGUGACCAUCAUCCGAGCAUCCACACGCAUCCAUGACAGUCUCCUCCGUAAGAUCAUGCGAUGCCCCAUGUCGUUCUUUGACACCACGCCGCUCGGCCGCAUUCUCAACAGGUUCUCCAAGGACAUGGACGAAGUUGACCUCCUCCUUCCCACCAACCUGAUGCGUUGCCUCGUCUUCCUCAGCGUCCUCGUCCUCAUGCAGGCAAUCAUCGCGAUCGUCUUGCCCCUCUAUCUCAUCGCCUUGGCCGUGGUCCUGGUCGCUGGCCUAGCCUUCUACAUCCUCUUCAGGAAGGGCUACUGCGAGGUCAAGAGGUAUGAUAACACCAGCAGGUCCAAGUUGGUGUCGCAUAUCUCGGCCACCAUGCAGGGCUUGGUCACCAUCCGGGCGUACGGACAGGAGAGGCGAUUUACCUCUAGGUUUGAGGAGCUCUUGGACGUCAACUCCCACAUGCUACUGAUGUUCACCAUGGCUCCGCGGUGGGUUGCCGUACGCAUGGACGUCAUGGCCGCCGUGUUGGUCGGCAUGUUGGCGCUGCUGGUCUUGCUGAGUAAAGAUACGCUGUUGUCAACCGCUCUGGCUGCUAUGGCGUUGUACCAAUCGGUCGCGGUAUCGGGAGGCUUGCUUCAAGAGGUAGUCGUCUCCUGCACGCAAACAGAAAGCUCCUUCAUCUCGGUGGAAAGAAUGCUGGAGUACAUCGAGAAAACCCCGUCAGAAGCAGAGGCCCGCAUCCAGUCGACCCAGCCGGACGAAUCCUGGCCCACCAGCGGGGAUCUCAAGAUGCAGCAGGUCAAGAUGAGAUACCGUCCCAACCUGCCUCUCGUCUUGAAAGGAAUCACGUGUCACAUCCGUCCCAGGGAGAAGAUUGGCAUUGUGGGAAGGACGGGAUCAGGCAAAUCUUCUCUGGGCGUCUCCCUCUUCCGUCUUGUGGAGAACGCAGCGGGUGAGAUACUCCUAGACGGAGUGGACAUAGCGAGUCUCGGUCUCCACGAUCUACGCUCGAAGCUCUCCAUCAUACCGCAGGACCCUGUGCUGUUUGCAGGAACGGUCAGGUUUAAUCUAGAUCCCUUGAAUCAGCACUCGGACGAUGAACUCUGGGCCGCAUUGGAGAAAACAUACAUCAAACAAACAGUAAGUGCCUUGGAGAAGCAGUUGGAGGCGCCCGUGAUUGAAAACGGAGAGAACUUUUCCGUUGGUGAGCGGCAACUGGUGUGCAUGGCUCGAGUCCUGUUGAGAAAUAGCAAGGUGUUGCUAAUGGACGAGGCAACGGCGGCCAUAGAUACGGAGACUGAUAGCCUGAUACAACAGACGAUACGCGAAGCCUUCAAAGAUUGCACCAUGCUCAUCAUAGCGCAUAGGCUGAACACCGUGCUGGACUGCGAUCGUAUUAUGGUCAUGGACAAGGGCCAAAUUGCCGAGUUCGGCAAGCCGGAAGUGUUGCUUGCCGACCCCGGUUCGCAUCUUAGCGCGAUGCUGGCGGCAGCUGAACACAAUCACGGCAACUUGGACUGAAGAAAAUGGUAAGAAAAACAGAGAGAAAAUCCCUAGAGGAAUUUAAAGACAAGACGAAAAUCCUGUUUCAAUCGGAUUCACAUUGUGAAAGUCCGGAGGAAUAAGGUCAGACUUAAUUGUGCCUUCUAUGUGAAAACCUUUGCCGACAAAUGUAAUAUCUAAAAUGAUGUUUUAAAAAUCAUUUUCGAACUUUUUUUUCAUUUUAAUUUGUGAAAACAAAAAUCACCGUUGAUAUCACCGACAAUUUUUACUUCAGAAGCAAGUCUACGUCUGUUUAUCUUUGCACAUCAUCAGACGGUAAUUAAUCCUUUUCCCCAUUUUUGUGGGUUACCGAAUCAAGACCGAGUUCUUUCUUGGAGAAUGUUUUUUUUAAUAUGGCGUCCAAGACGUUGAUGUUAUGUUGAGUUUGCUGGGUUUUUUAAGAGUGUUAAAAAUGAACCUUGAAGUAAUGCCACAACUCUUUCUACUGGUAUAGCUUGUGAAUUCAACUUGAUAACAAAAUAUGAUGUUUCUAAGCGUUGUGGAAAUAUGGUGCGUUCGGUUUUUAGGUGAUAAGAACCAAAUAUCAGUCGAAAUUUCUGACCGAAGGGGAUAAAACGGGUUUCUAUGCAGAAAUGUUUAAUUUGUGUUUACAGAUUUUCAAAGGAUUGAAAUGUGUUACAAUUUGUAUAUUUAUUCAUGUUUUGGUUUAGCCUACGGUAGAUAUUUGGUUUGUUCUCAGGUUUAAGUUGUUUGUCAUUAAUUUAUUUUAUUUUUUUGUUUUCAAAUAGUUUAAUCAUGUAUAGCAUUGAUUUUUUUUUAUGUUAACUAAUUCAUUAAAGACUUUAUUAAAUUUUAUCAGGGUUUGCAGUUUAUGCUUAUAAACUUGGAAGACACAAGUUA